GGGAGCGAUCUCCAAGCGAGGCAGCAAGAUGGACGCGGGAUUCUUCCGCGGAACAAGUGCAGAACAGGAUAAUCGGUUCAGCAACAAACAGAAGAAGCUACUGAAGCAGCUGAAAUUUGCAGAAUGCCUAGAAAAAAAGGUGGAUAUGAGCAAAGUAAAUUUGGAGGUUAUAAAGCCUUGGAUAACAAAACGAGUAACGGAAAUCCUUGGGUUUGAAGAUGAUGUUGUGAUUGAGUUUAUAUUCAACCAGCUGGAAGUGAAGAAUCCACACUCCAAAAUGAUGCAAAUCAACCUGACUGGGUUUUUGAAUGGAAAAAAUGCUAGAGAAUUUAUGGGAGAACUGUGGCCCCUGCUCUUAAGUGCACAAGAAAACAUCGCUGGAAUCCCUUCCGCUUUUCUAGAACUGAAGAAAGAAGAAAUAAAACAGAGACAAAUUGAACAAGAAAAGUUGGCAUCUAUGAAAAAGCAAGAUGAAGACAAGGAUAAGAGGGAUAAGGAAGAAAAAGAAAGCAGCAGAGAAAAAAGGGAAAGGUCUCGAAGGCCAAGAAGAUGCAAAUCCAGAUCUCCUUCCCCUAGAAGACGAUCUUCCCCUGUCAGGAGAGAGAGAAAGCGCAGUCAUUCUCGAUCUCCCCGUCACAGAACCAAGAGCCGGAGUCUUUCCCCUGCUCCGGAAAAGAAGGAAACUCCAGACCUCCCAGAACCAUCAAUGAAAGUAAAAGAACCUUCAGUACAAGAGGCCACUUCUACUAGUGACAUCCUGAAGGUUCCCAAACCUGAACCUGUACCAGAGCCUGAAGAACCUUCUCCAGAGAAAAAUUCCAAAAAAGAAAAAGAGAAGGAGAAGACCCGACCAAGAUCUCGGUCAUGUACCAAAUCAAGAUCCCGGACACGGUCUCACUCUCCUUCUCAUACUCGACCUAGACGGCGUCAUAGAUCCUGAUCAAGAUCAUACUCACCUAGAAGGAGGCCAAGUCCGAGAAGGCGGCCAUCUCCUCGAAGAAGAACCCCACCAAGACGAAUGCCGCCUCCACCCAGGCAUAGAAGGAGUAGAUCUCCAGUGAGACGAAGAAGGGUUCGUUCAUCAGCAUCCUUGUCUGGAAGUAGCUCAUCAUCCUCUUCGUCCCGUUCCCGGUCACCGCCAAAGAAGCCUCCUAAGAGGACAUCCAGCCCCCCUCGAAAAACUCGUAGGUUAUCUCCUUCAGCAAGUCCUCCCAGGCGAAGGCAUAGGCCAUCGCCUCCAGCAACUCCACCGCCAAAAACUCGUCAUUCCCCAACACCCCAGCAGUCAAACUGUACGAGAAAAAGUCAUGUUUCUGUCUCUCCAGGGAGAACUUCAGGUAAAGUGACAAAACAUAAAGGUACUGAGAAAAGAGAGUCCCCUUCACCAGCACCUAAGCCUAGAAAAGUAGAGUUAUCUGAAUCGGAAGAAGAUAAAGGUGGCAAAAUAGCUGCGGCAGAUUCUGUGCAGCAGAGACAUCAGUACAGAUGACAGAACCAGCAGUCCUCAUCUGAUUCUGGCUCCUCUUCUUCCUCAGAAGAUGAGCGACCCAAGAGGUCCCAUGUGAAGAAUGGUGAGGUAGGCAGGCAUCGGAGACAUUCCCCUUUCCGGAGUGCCUCUCCAUCACCUCCAAAGUGCCAGAAAGAGACUUCCCUUUGGAUACAAAUGCGGAAGCGAUGGGAAUCGCCAGUGACUAAAAGUGGUAGACGGAGGAGGAGUCCCUCCCCACCAUCUACCAGAAGGCGACGUUCUCCUUCUCCUGCCCCUCCUCCUCGCAGGCGCAGGUCCCCCACUCCGCCACCACGACUAAGGACUCCUUCUCCUCCCCCCUGCCGGUGCUCACCUUCCCCAAGAAGAUAUUCUCCUCCAAUACAGAGGAGAUACUCUCCUCCACCUCCAAAGAGAAGAACGGCUUCUCCCCCUCCCCCUCCUAAACGAAGGGCCUCACCAUCUCCACCACCAAAGCGUCAGGUCUCCCAUUCUCCACCUUCCAAACAAAGAAGCUCCCCAGUCACCAAAAGACAUUCGCCUUCAUUAUCAUCAAAGCAUAGGAAAGGGUCUUCCCCUAGCCGGUCUACCCAGGAGCCCCAGUAACCACAACCAAACAAAAGGCAUUCUCCCUCACCACGGCCUCGAGCUCCUCAAACCUCCUCAAGUCCUCCACCUGUUCGAAGAGGAGCAUCAUUAUCACCCCAAAGAAGGCAGUCCCCUUCUCCAAGUACUAGGCCCAUUAGGAGAGUCUCCAGGACUCGGGAACCCAAAAAGUCAAAAAAGGCUGCCUCACUAAGCCCUCAGUCUAUAAGGAGGGUCUCGUCCUCCCGAUCUGUCUCAGGAUCUCCUGAGCCAGCAGCUAAAAAACCCCCAGCACCUCAAUCUCCUGUCCAGUCCCAGUCCCCCUCUACCAACUGGUCACCAGCCGUACUGGUCAAAAAGGCUAAAAGCCCAACCCCAAGUCCAUCUCCAGCGAGGAACUCAGACCCAGAAGGAGGUGGAAAGAAAAAGAAGAAAAAGAAGGACAAGAAACACAAAAAGGAUAAGAAGCACAAGAAGCACAAAAAACACAAGAAGGAAAAGGCCGUGGCGGCAGCCGCCGCAGCAGCCGUCACCCCUGCGGCCCCCGCUGCCCCCACGACCACAUCGGCACAGGAGGAACCGGAAACAGAGCCCGAGCCUAAGAAGGAGACCGAAAGCGAGCCCGAAGACAACCUCGACGACUUAGAAAAGCACCUGCGCGAAAAGGCGCUGAGGUCGAUGCGGAAAGCUCAAGUGUCCCCACAGUCUUAGGCGGGAAUGUGUGUCACAAUGUACAUUUUAUUUGGUUUGUACGCAAUUCAAUUUCAAAAUUGCUAAAAUGUGUUUGAGCUUUAGACUAUAACAUUUGUUGUAAUAAUUGCUAGGUUGAAGUUCACCAUGUAAAAAAAAAGGGGGGCAUGGAUUUACAUUGCAAAAGGUGUCCACAGUG